AAAACGACGGCACACACUGAUGUCAGUCUGACUGUGUCAGUUGUGGUUGAUGUGGAGGAAGUGAGGCCGGUGUGGCUGCGGGCUGUGGGCGGUGCACAGCUUCAGUCUGGCGGCUCGCCCUCUGUCAGUCAGUCGGUGUGGAGGAGAGCGGACGGAGCGGAGCUACGCACCGUGACCCGGGAUCUGUACUAUACACACACACACACACACGCGCGCGGCAGCGAGACCAGAACCGAGCGACCGGCAGGCAGGCAGGCAGGAGCCGAGCAGCAUGGAGCUGUGAGCUGCGGCCGACCCGGGACCUGCUCCCCAAACACCACUGUUUGAUUUGUUUAUUUACCGCAUCUACGAGCUUUCUUUCCCCAACAUGGAGACUGCAGGCUGCAGGCUGCCGCUGGCUGCACUCCUCAUCCUCCUCUGCCAACAAGUUGGAGGAUAUGGAUACAGGAACCAACGCAAGUUCUCAGAGGACAUCGAGUGGUCGUACGCAGGAACUUUAAAUCAAAACAACUGGGCCAAGAAGUUUCCCUCCUGCAGCAACGCCAAGCAGUCUCCCAUCAACAUCGAGGAGAACCUGGCUCAGGUGAAGCUGCAGUACCAGAAACUGAGGUUUGAGGGCUGGGACAGUCUGACGACCGACAGGACAAUCAUCAAGAACGAUGGCAAGACGGUGGCGGUCAAUGUGGAUGGAGAGUACUACGUCAGCGGAGGUGGUCUCAGGUCAAAGUUCAAGGUCGGACGUAUCACCUUCCACUGGGGGCGCUGCAACGCCUCCUCAGAGGGCUCUGAGCACGGUCUGGAUGGGGUCAAAUAUCCUCUGGAGAUGCAGAUCUACUGUUAUGAGGCCCAUCGCUUUGGCUCUUUAGAUGAAACCAUCAAGGCUGGAGGCAGAAUCACAGCGCUCGCCGUGUUGUUUGAGACGAGCAUUGAAGACAAUGUGAACUUUGCUCCCAUCAUAGACGGCAUCAACAGCGUGAGCAGACAUGGAAAGAGCGCCGAGGCUAUACCCUUCGCUCCGCGAGGCCUCCUGCCAAACUCCACAGAUAAGUACUUCAUCUACAACGGCUCUCUGACCACGCCGCCCUGCAGCGAGACCGUCGAGUGGAUCGUCUUCAAGAACACAGUGGCCAUCUCUGACGAACAGCUGGAGAUGUUCUGCGAGGUGAUGACUAUGCAGCAGGCCGGAUACGUGAUGCUGAUGGACUACCUGCAGAACAACUACAGAGAACAGCAGCAGCAGUUCAUGGGUCAGGUGUUCUCCUCCUACACCGGCACAGAGGAGGUCCUCACACCAGUUUGCAGUUCGGAGCCGGAAAACAUCCAGGCGUUGCCCUACAACCUGAGCAGCCUGCUGGUGACGUGGGAGCGGCCCCGGGCGGUGUAUGACGCCAGCAUAGAAAAAUACUCCGUCAGCUACCGAAAGGCCAAUGCAGAAGAUGCUGCUGCUUCUAUAUACCUGACUGACGGGGACCAGGAUGUGGGAGCGAUACUCGAUGACCUGUUAGCCAACACCAGCUACGUGGUCCAGGUGGUGGCGGUCUGCACCAACGGUCUGUACGGACGUGUGAGUGACCAGCUGCCGGUCGACAUGCCCAUCGAUGACCCCGAAAAUACACUGGAUCCAGAUUCUGAUGAAUUUGACGACGAGGGCAACUAUGAUCCCGAUCUGUCCUGGAAUGAACCAGUCCAAACUGAGGAUUAUGAUCCGGCCUGGAUGCCUACAAACUCCCCGAAGACCACGACUCCUGCAUCACCUCUUUUACGUCUACCUGGCAUCAAAACCACAACAGAAGAAUCAGGUUUGAGGAAAACCACCACUGAUCCAGUUCCUCUGGUCAGAUCCACCCAGACUGGUCAAGUCCAGAGUCAUUCUGAAGAGACAGUACACCGCAGUUCCUCCACACGUCCACCAGAGGUCACCCUGCAACCAAAAACCAGAGGAGAUGCUGACUUCAGUGGCAAUGCUCCCUUUUACUCCACAACCACCACCAAUGAAGGCUUUAUUUCCACUUCCAGUACUCCUGUGUACUCCAAUGCAAAGACAGAUGGUGCCCCUGGAGGAAUCAGUCCAGACUCAGAAGAUAACUUUGACAAAAAAAAAGGUGGUGUCAGUACCACGGCUCCUACAUCCAACAACGCAGAGACAAAAGGUGGUAAAAGUAUUUCUUCGUACAGCCCCACCACGACCACACUGAGGUCUCGCACCAGCGACGUGAGCAGCACAACGACAUCCUCAUCCUUCAUCCAGGCUGAGGUUGACCAAGGCCUGGGGCGACCCUUCAACAAAGACACCACAGAUGGAGGUGUGUCUGCCGCACCUGGAGGUCUUCCAGAGAUCCAAACUUCGACCACCCAACCUUCCUCCUCGGGUGAAGCUGUUCAGCGUAGGCCCACAACUCCCAGCAUGCCUCGUUUUUCGUCUACCACAACCUCUGUCCGGUUGAGUGGCGUUCUCUUGCAGACCACACAGCCGCUGUCUAACGGUGAGCGUCCCUCUGUCCUCCCCUCCACCUCCUCUUCUUCCUCCUCCUCCCCUCUGUGUGACACUGCGGACCCCUCCACCUGCCUGCAUGACCCUUCCUCCUCGUCUUGGCCUGUGUUGUCUGCCUACGCAUCGGACUCUGAGCAUGCCGCUAGCACUCCGCUGUCUAGCAAAGACCUGGCUUCUCCUUCAACCCCCACACUCUCUGCCUCCACCCUGCCCCACCUCCCCCACCCUUCACACCCCCUGUCUGGUUGGGAGACUGACCCCGUGUUCCCCAGUGUUGGGUUCGAUGAUAGCGAUGGUGAUUUGUUAUCUGGGUCUUCAUCUUCGUCGGUCUCCUCAGGUGUCCCCUCAGUGUUUAGUGAUACCCCUCCUCUCCAAACGGUGCCAGAUCCAUCUAGCACCACCGUCGCUGCCGAGCCUUCCGAAUCCUCCUGGGAUCCGUCACUCUCAGCAGUCUCUCUGUCUCUAAGCCCCACACUUCAGCCUUCAGUUCUCCUCUCUAGUGACUUCACCCUCUCUGGCACAACUCCGGGCUUAUCCCGUCCUCUCUCAGUUGGGUUUGAGGACGCAAGGUACGCCACAGGGAGCACAAUAGAGUCUUUUCUCCCUGAAGUCAGUGGUGAUGGGUUUCCGUUAGCUAGUGACAUGGACCCCAUGUGCGGCUGUUCUCUGGAGCCGUCGGCGUCCUCGUCCUGGCUGCAUGCCUCUCCUCAUGUACCCCUGCCGUCCUCAGCCUGGGACUCUGCUAGCUUAGAGCUUUACUCUAGUGUGGGCUCCCUUUCAGCCUCUGGUGUCGGUGUAGACGAUCUUCUACACUCUCUGUCUGUGGCGGGUUCUGAUGGUCUGUCCUCAGACCAGCCUCUGCUCUCCUAUAGUGCCAUUUCUCCCUCAUCGUCCUCUUUACACUCCUACCUUCUCCAAGUCACCCAUAGUGACCUGCCCGUUUCUGUUGCAGCCACGGCGUCUGCCGUCAUGGAUCCCUGGUUCUCAGCAUCAGACAGGACCUCCACCCUCCAAACCUCUGUCCUCCCUAACUCACCCACAGCCUCCCCUUUCACCCCCACCCCAGAAGGACAUGCGUUAGACACUAGCAGCAGUGCCUCCGGCUCGGCCCUGUUCCCUGACUCUCAGGAGGGCGUAGAUCAGGAGUGGGACAGGGUUCAAACCUCAGCCUCAGGAGAGAGCGCGUUCCCUUACUCAACCAAAGUCACUAAUGUCGUCCCCCUGUCUACGACUUCUGAGUCCGGCCAGUCCCCGGAUGAUUUGGACGAACGCUCCUCAGCGUUCUAUUUUGAAAACGAGAGCGGCAGUGCCAUGACCUCGGAGGUUGGAAGCACAGCGACGCCAACCAUUCCUACGGUAACCUCGGCUUCACCCUGGUCGCUGGGCGGGGAGGAGGAGAGCGGCUCAGGGCAGGGUGAAAGCCUGUAUGACAACGAGACGUCCUCUGACUUCAGUAUCUCCGAGCGCACAGAAAGAGAGUCGGAGGAAGAGGAGCCAGUCGCAGAGGCCAGUAACAGCAGCCAUGAGUCCAGAGUCGGUUCAAUCCGGGACAGAGAGAGGAAGGCUGUGGUUCCUCUGGCCGUCAUCUCCACCCUCACCGUCCUCGGCCUGAUCGUCCUCAUCGGUAUCCUCGUCUACUGGAGGACCUGUUUUCAGACGGCUCACUUCUACAUCGAUGACAACUCAUCACCCAGAGUCAUUCCACCAUCCACUGCUGCGUUAACAUCUGACGAAAAAACAGCUUUUCCAGUGAAGGAGUUUGUGAAACACGUGGCCGAGCUUCACGACACACACGGCUUCCAGCGAGAAUUUGAGAUACUGAAGGAGAGUUACGAGGAGGUUCAGUCGUGCGCGGUGGACAUGGGGAUGACGACUGACAGCUCCAACCAUCCUGACAACAAGACUAAAAACAGAUACAGUAACAUCCUGGCCUACGACCACAGCCGAGUGCGACUCUCGCCGCAGGCCGACAAAGACGGGAAGACGAGGGAUUACAUCAACGCAAACUACGUGGAUGGUUUCAAGAAGCCGCAGGCGUACAUCGCAGCUCAGGGUCCUCUGAGGUCGAGCACCGAGGACUUCUGGAGGAUGAUCUGGGAGCAAAACGUCUGCGUCAUCGUCAUGAUCACCAACCUGGUGGAGAAAGGAAGAAGGAAGUGUGAUCAGUACUGGCCGGUGGAGGUGCAGGAGGAGUUCGGCAGCUUCCUGGUGACGAUGAAGAGCAGCAGAGUGCUCGCCUACUACACCCACAGGACCUUCACUGUCAGGAACACGCACGCCAAGAAGGGCUCCCAGAAGGGGCGAAGCAACGAGCGGACGGUGACUCAGUACCAUUACACCCAGUGGCCGGACAUGGGCGUCCCAGAGUUUGCUCUACCACUGCUCAGUUUCGUCCGCAAGUCGUCCAAAGCCAGGACGGAUGACAUGGGGCCGAUGGUGGUGCACUGCAGUGCCGGCGUGGGCCGGACGGGCACAUACGUGGUCCUGGACAGCAUGCUGAAGCAGAUGAGAGAUGAAAGCACCGUCAACAUCACAGGAUUCCUCAAACACAUCCGCAAACAGAGGAACUAUCUGGUUCAGACAGAGGAACAGUAUGUUUUUAUCCACGAUGCCUUGGUGGAAGCCAUCUUAUCCGGAGAGACGGAGGUGGCGGCAGCUCACCUGCACAGGUACGUGGAUGAGCUGCUGAUCCCGGGGCCUGCUGGGAGGACGCGCUUGGACAAACAGUUCAAGCUGGUUUGUCACUCUGGAGCGAAGGAGUGCGACUCCUCUGCAGCGCUGCAGGACUGCAACCGCACCAAGAACAGAAACUGCUCUCUGGUACCUGUUGAGAGGUCACGAGUACGCCUGUCUACGACGGCGGGGGAAACGUCAGACUACAUUAAUGCGUCGUACAUCGCAGGUUACAGGCAGAGCAAUGAGUUCAUCAUCACCCAGAAUCCUUUAUCUGGCACCAUAAAGGACUUCUGGAGGAUGAUAUGGGACCACAACGCCCAGGUCAUUGUGUCGCUGCCUGGGACGCCAUCAGGCGAGACGGAGGAGGAGGAGGCGGAGCUGUGUGUCACCUGGCCCCGUAAAGGGCAGCCAAUCAGCUAUGAGACGUUCACUGUCACUCAGAGGGGUGAGAAUCACAUCUGUCUGACCAACGAGGACAUGCUGGUGGUCCAGGAAUACGUACUGGAAGCUACGCAGGACGACUACGUUCUGGAGGUGAAACACUACCGCGCCCCGCGUUGGCCGAAUCCAGACAGUCCCAUCAGCAACACCUUCGAGCUCCUUAACCUGGUGAAAGAGGAGAGUGCAGCAAAGGACGGCCCCACUGUGGUGCACGAUGAUGAGGGUGGAGUCACGGCAGGAACGUUCUGCGCCCUAUCGUCUCUGACUCGUCAGCUGGAGGCAGAGGGUUCGGUUGAUGUCUUCCAAGUAGCCAAGCUGAUGCACCUCAUGAGACCGGGAAUCUUCAGUGACAUCGAGCAGUACCAGUUCCUGUACAAAGCCAUGCUGAGUCUCAUCGGGACGCAAGAAGAUGAGAAAACCCUCCAGUCGUCCGACAACAACGGUACCAUCGUGGUGGGAACUGCCAGCACCGCUGAGAGCCUUGAAUCCCUGGUGUAACCGCCCAAAACAAAAACACAAAGAACUCUUGUUUACUUUUACAAAUGAGCAGCAGCAUUUUGUCCUUCCACUUUCACACCACCAACAGAACUUCUCCCGGUUCCACAACCACUAAAUAAAAAUCCUCAUUGUUCAGGACUCUGUGUCGUAGUUUGAGGCUGAAGGUUGAACAACCUUAUCCUUUGCUGGAUCUGGACUCCCUGCGGUUUUGUAUUGUGUGCCUUUUUGUAUUUUUCAUCCUGUACUUCUAACUUUGAUACAAGCUGUAGACUAACUGUCCAAUGUUUUAACGCUGUACUGCCCUGAGACGUUUCGCUCGACUAACAAACUUUUCCUAAACCUUUGUAUUUAUUGGCACUGAGCCAAACAGGAAAAAAAGGGAAAAUUGCAUCUUUUUACAUCAGAGAUAUUUUGUUAGCUUGUCUUUUAUAGAGCUCCUGCACUGAACUCCUUUCUGUAAAUACCAUCGCAACGGUAGCAGCAGUGUGCUAUUGAAGUCAAAUAUAAAAUAAGGGCCUGGAAUAAUAAAAAAUAAUAAUCUAAUGUAAAUAAUAUUCUAGUAAUCAACUCGAUGGACCAAAUUUCUAUUUAUACUUUUAGAUUUUUAUAUUUUACCAUUUUUAGUGCAUUCAAAUGUUAUGGUUUGAUUCUAAUUGCUUAGUUGGAGAACAUUAAUGCUUUUAUAUUCUGGAUUUUGUAACAAACUAAAUGUGAUGCAUGGGGUACUGACAUGUUUUGUUUUUUUUAGCUGGACAUGAAACACUGCUGGAUUAUUAGCUAGGGGAUUAAAUAAGUGAAAGA